CUCACAAUUCUCCCAAUAUUUCUCAUUAAAUCCGAAUGCAAAAAUGGAUCUCGCACGCCACCAUCACUCUCCUCCGCCGGAAAAACCAACUCCGGCAGGGAAGAAACGGGCGGGGCGGAAGGUAGUGCAGGAGACGCGUCACCCUAUCUACCGGGGAGUGCGGCGGAAGAACGGCGGGAAAUGGGUUUGCGAGGUUCGUGAGCCUAACAAGAAAUCAAGAAUAUGGCUAGGGACCUUCCCUAGCCCCGAGACGGCCGCGAUCGCCCACGACGUGGCCUCCCUGGCCCUGCGUGGGGACCACGCGCCGCUCAACUUCCCGGAGGCUGCCGCCCGGCUCCCCCGCCCCCGGUCGGCCUCCCACCACGACAUCCAGCUAGCAGCCUCAGAGGCCGCCCGGGAUUUCUGCCCUAUUUGGACGUCUCAGUCCACUAGGGUUAGUUCCCGAGAGAAUAAAAUAAUAAUAAAUUCACCAUACACUAAUUUGCCCGGUGAAAAGGACGAUUUUGUUGACCUUGGUCAGACAGAAUCGUCUGAGGAUUGUUGGUCGGGCGGUCAAAGUGAUACGUUGGGGGCCGGAUUUGUGGACGAGGAGGCGGUGUUUAACAUGCCGGCGUUGCUAGAUAGUAUGGCGGAGGGGAUGCUUCUAACUCCUUUGGGUAUGAAGAAAGGGUUCAAUUGGAGUGAAUAUGAAGAGGUGGAUGAUCAAGGCAUGGAGUUUAAUUUGUGGGUGGACUAGGCUACAAUGAUGAUAAUGGUUUCUCUUUUACUUAUGUUCUCGUAGUGAUCCAAACCUACCUAAUCACUAGUUGAGGAGAAAUGUCUCACUGGCAAGUUGUAUUUUAUCGUCUUUUGUGAUUUAUGAGAUCUGAUUCUCAUUUUUUUCGCAAUUGUAUGAUUUUC